AUGACCGAUCCAGCCAGAGUUUACAGAUACCCCGACAACGCCGCAAGGCGUGAACGCUCUCCUCCCGUCUACAAUCCUGCAAGGGCAUCCAUGCCAGUCACGCCUGGCGGCUACACCCCGCUCUACCCCGGCGACUUACACACUAUGUCGGCCUCUCACCACGAGGGCCUUGGGCCUCGUCCAGCGGACGACUAUCGCACUGCUCCCCCUCCAUCUGCCCCGACUACUUAUGCCACAAGGAAGGAAACGCUGCCGAGAACCACGACCAUUAACGUUAAUGACACUGCUGUUCGUCCCCACCACACCCGUGAUGCCAAACCCCAACGCCCCGUCAUCGUCACUGCCAAGCAGGCCCCUCCUCCUUCGAAUCCCAGAUCGAGCAGCCCAACACGCGAUCCCUACCGUGCCAGCGACGAGUACUAUGCCGUUCCUGCUUCUUCCAUCCCUCGUGGUCGAGAUGCCCAGUCCACUUUCAGUCCGAUCUUGGACGACGAUGAUAUCCAGCGUCUGAGAGACAGAACCCAGCGUCUUGGCGAUACCUACCGUGCUGCCCGUCCCCCGCCCGUGUACCCCGCUUCACAUUACCGUCCGAAUGCGCUGGACCUCGAUGACGAGGUCUACUACGAGUAUACUAAGCCCAGCGACCUUGCUAGAUAUGAUUUGGACCAUGAUCGUCCAAACAAGCUCCGUCGUGAAAACUUCGAGCGCUAUUACCGCCCAACAGUCAGCAUCAACACCGAUGUGACUCGUGCAUAUGACCCUGCAGAGAGACGGGCUCGCGGACCCCCUCCGCCAUGGGAUGUGGAUAAAGCAAAUCGAGUCUACCAGACUGCUGGCUCUCGAAUUUCUCUGCCCCCAGCUGAUCCUCUUGACUCUGACAGACGCCGCUUUGAUCUGAUUGAGGCUCCCCGAAGUCCUCCUGACGAACACAAUCGCGCUGCGUCUCACCCUCGUUACCAUGAUGACCCUUACUGGUAUGAAGACUUCUGGGAUCACCGAGAGCAUGACAGGGAGUACUUCCAUGACGACAAUGUCAUCUCGCGCGGCUUUGGGAUCCGGAGCACUGGCCCGGCCUACGUCGAUGACUGGUUAGACGCCGUGACCUACGAGGACCCACGCAAGUACAGGGACGAGACAAGGAGCUACGUCGGGCGGAGGAGGUCGGACGACGAUGACCUGGAGAUUGUCCGGUACGAGCCCGACGAUCGUGAACGCAGAAGACUUCGCGACUACGACGAGGACGACGACAUUGUCCGCAUCCGGAAGGACUCGAGGUACUCGUCGGAGGAUGAGCGCGACAGCAGAGUCCGCGACAGAGACAAAGGGAAAGAUGGGAAGGGUAAGGAUGAUGUCUCUCCGCCACGGUCCAUCAAGUCCAGUCAGAGGAAAGAUCCCAUGCUUAGCGAUGAAGAUUAUGAAAUCAUUGAGCAUCCGCGGGAUGGUAGGUCACCGGAUCGCCCACCGCUGCCAUUGCCGGAACCGAAGGGAGACUCGAAGAGCGUCGUGUCGACGAGAGAGCGCUCGCUUGGGAGGGACGAUGCUAGGUCGAAAAUUCGUAGACGCCCUCGCUCGGCAUCGUUCAAUCCUAACGAUCCUACUGUUUUGGAGGAGGUGAAGGCGAAGCUGGCAGCUUUAAUGAUGGAUAAGGAGGGUAAUGAGAAGGAGAGGGAGAGGGUAAAGGAUAAGGAGAGAGAGAGGGAAAGAGAAAGAGAGAGAGAGAAGAGGAGAAGGAAAAGAGAACGUGAGAAGGAGAGGGAGAGGGAGAGGGAGAGGGAGAGGGAGAGGGAGAAAGAGAGGGAAAGUGAAAGGGAAAAGGAAAAGGAGAAGGAGAAGGAGAAAGAGAGAGAAAAGGAGAAGGAGAAAGAAAGAGAAAAGGAGAAGGAGAGGGAAAAGGAGAAAGAAAAGGAGAAGGAGCAGGAAAAGGAGAAAGAAAAGGGGAAUGAGAAAGAGAAGGAAAAGGAGGCGGAAAAGGAGAAGAAGGAGAAAGAACUAGAAAAGGAAAAGGAAGCUGCCAGGGAGAAGGAAAAGGAGACGCCAAAGGAUAAGGAGGCUGGCAAAGAUGAGUCUCCUGCUAAAGAGCCCUCUACAGAAAGCAGGUCUGAGAAGACCGAGGAUGCGAAUGCCGCCGGCUCCAAGAAGGAGAACGAGACUCCCUCCACGCCUGAGAAGCCGGAGAAGAUUGAGAAGCAAGUACGAUUGGUCACUCCGCCGAAAGAGCCCGAGAAGAAGCCUCUCAAGGGCAUCUUGAAGCAACCUCGUGCCCACUUCCCCGAAGACCCUGCUCCCAUCCGGGAGGGCGUUGCUCCUCACAAGGAUGACAAAGCCAAACAAGCCAAUGUGCCGCCGGGUGCUCGCUGGACCAAGAUCAGCCGCAAGCUGGUUAACCCGGAAGCCCUUCGCAUGGGCAAGGAACGCUUCGAGAUUCGCGAUGACUUCGUCAUCGUCCUGCGUGUUCUCACUAGGGAGGAGAUUCAACAGUAUGCGUUUGUUACAAUGCAGAUUAGAGAACGUCGCAGGCGGGAAUACGAGCGCGAGCUUCGCGCAGCCGAAGCCUCCCGGGAGCGCGAUCGCGACCGCGAUAACGACGAACGCGAUGAUGAUACCACUACCAACAACGCCGACGACAAGAAGCGCCGAAAGGGCCACCAGCACCGUCGCAGUGACAAGGCACAAGAAGACGAUGAGCGUGACCGAGGUGAACGAAAUCGCGAUCGUGGGGAGAGAGAUCGUGAGAGGGAGAGAGAGCGCGAGCUGGACCGGGAGCGCUACCGUGAUCAGAGAGAGCAUGCCGAGGAUAAGAUCCGCCGCCAUCAUAGAAGUGGGGAUUUGGCGAGGUAUGCAGCGUCGGAUGAUGAGGCUGUUGAGAAUGCUUAUGGGGCCCGCGCGGCGGCAAGGAGGCAUGGUCAUCGUCCUCAUUGA